UCAAAAACAUCCACCCUUUCGAGUUUACUAAAUUUAUUAAUACAAUACAGUGGUUUAUCACUAUUUUUAUAUUUUGAUAACAUUUAGUUGUUAAUAUAUUUUAUCUAGAAGUACAUUAAAGGCCGCCAAAAUUAGUUACUACUCCAAAUAUAACGGAACUAUUUCCAGCAUGGCUAAGCCAGUAUUAUAUUCGUACUGGCGAAGCUCAUGUGCCUGGCGCGUUCGGAUCGCGCUUAAUCUGAAGGAGAUACCAUACGAUAUAAAGGCAGUGAGCCUCAUCAAGGGAGGAGGGGAACAGCAUUGCAAUGAAUACCGGGAAGUCAACCCUAUGGAACAAGUGCCAUCUCUGUGUAUAGAUGGACAUACAUUUGUGGAGUCUUUGAGUAUUAUGCACUAUUUGGAGGAGACCAGACCUCAGAGGCCUCUAAUGCCCCAAGAUUGUUUUAAAAGGGCAAAAGUCAGGGAAAUAUGUGAGGUAAUAGCCUCUGGCAUCCAACCCCUUCAGAAUCUCAUAGUCCUGAUUCAUGUUGGAGAAGAGAAGAAAAAAGAAUGGGCACAGAAAUGGAUCACACGAGGGUUUCGUGCAGUUGAGAAACUGCUAUCAACAUCUGCUGGAAAGUAUUGUGUUGGAGAUGAGAUAACUUUGGCUGACUGCUGCUUGGUACCUCAGGUGUUUAAUGCGAGAAGAUUCCACGUGGAUCUUCGUCCGUUCCCUAUAAUACUGCGCAUCGAUCGUGAGCUGGAGAACCACCCCGCGUUCCGGGCGGCCCACCCGUCCGCGCAGCCCGACUGUCCGCCGGAAGUCGCCAAAUGAACCCAGCUUCAUCACUGGUCCACAUAUUUACCAUAUGAGAGUAACAACUUGUUAUAACAAUUAUUUUAAAUGGUUCUUUGAUUUUUUACAAAAUAUAUGUCUGCCACAGUGAUUCUAAGUGAAAUACUCGAAAGAUUAGACAAAUACAACAUUUCAAUUUGUAUGUUUAUUAGUGUUUAUUGGAAAAGGUUUUCUUAUUAGGUUAUUUAACAUCACACUUUAGUAGUGGAGGUACACCACUAGUUUUUCAUAUAGACUGAGGUAUUGAAACAUCUAUCUGUGGGAUCAGUAUAAUAUUUAGGAUGUUAGAGUAUAUGACAUAGUAUGAUGACGUAACUGGUAGUGAGCAAGUAUACACUACAAAUGUAUUUUUUUUACCUACAAAAUAUGUCUCUUUAUUUGAUUGU